AUAACUUUUUUUUAAUCAUCCCCUCCUUUCACUCCUUUCAAUCGCCGGUUUAGCUCCUUAAACCAAAUUUCUCCAAUUAUUCUCUAACAAUGUCUUCUCCAGUCGCCGCGAAAUCCAAUCCGACGACGAUUCGAUCCGCUUCUUUAAACAUCCCACAAUCGACUACCACCAAUCGCGACCACGAUCUCCGGUAUAGCCUCUCUGCUGGUCCUCGUACGAACGAGGAUCGUCCUCCAUCGGGAAACGGCAUCGCCGGAAUCCUCUACAAAUGGGUAAACUACGGCAAAGGGUGGAAACGACGGUGGUUUGUCCUCCACGAUGGAGUUUUGUCGUAUUACAGAAUCCACGGUCCGGAUAAGAUCUCUCUCUCCGUCGAGAUGGAUCGGCGAUCUAAACUAAUCGGCGGCGAAUCGUUACGGUUCAUCUGCCGCCACAGCAAACGCGGUGAUGUUCAUAGUCCCGGAAAACCGCUCGGCCAAAUUCACCUCAAGGUCUCAACGAUCGGACAAAGCAUAUCAGACGGCAAGAGAUUUACUGUGUUCACCGGUACGAAAAGUCUGCAUCUACGAGCAGCAACAAGCGAAGAUCGUACGGCUUGGAUUGAAGCCUUGGAAGCUGUUAAAGAAACGUUUCCACGAAUGUCAAACGAAGAGCUAAUGUCAACGACAACUAAUGUCUCACUUUCGACCGAGAAGCUAAGACAGAGAUUAAUGAAAGAAGAAGUUGACGAGACAAUCAUUAAAGACUGCGAAGAUAUAAUGAAGAACAAUUUCGUCGCAUUGCAUAAUGAGGUCAUGACGCUUAAGCAAUACCAAUAUCAUCUCGUAGAUUCUCUCAAGAACGUUAAUAACAAAUCUAUGAUCCAGUAA